GUAUGUGUCACCAGAAGAGCCGGUCAAAACUAUAAAAUGCGACAUCAACAUCACCAGUGCCAACAACUUGAGGCAAACCAUAUUUGAACAACUUUUGAUACCUACCACAACACCUCCGACCAUAGAUAGCAAUGGCCGACUUAUGCAAGUGCAAUAUAAAAUUGUGGUCAUGGCUGAGUUAAGUGAUAUGACCAAAAGCAGUCUGCUAUCAAAACUCAAGACAGGAAGUACCGAUAUGCAAGCAUCUCUCCAUGUAGCUACGCUUCAUGUACCCGUCAAACUGGGUACUUUACCCUUCGCAUCUAUGCCUAUUGAUCCAGAAGAGUUUGCGGAUGAAAUGGAGACGCAGUCGCAGACGUCGGAGGGCAGCACCAUUGUGUUUGGCAUUGAGAAAGCUAUCUCCCGACAGUCAAGUGUAUCGGUGCCCAACAUGGAUUUAAAGCAUAUCAUUGCACGAUCGGAUUCCAUCACUUCGUAUUCCUCUAUUUCUUCUAAUCAUUCUCGCCAAUCAUGGAUGUCAGCACCAAGUGGUUUGUCUAGAAAUACUUCUUCCACCAGCACCUCAUCUAAUUUCGUUCCAUCAUUUCGCGAUGACUCUGUUCCUUUGUACAUCAUGCAAGAACUCCAUACUUCAAAACCUUCUUCAGCAGGAAAUAUGGCAGCAGGCACCCCAGUUUACGAGCUACAAGAGAUGCUCUCUGACGUUCCAAACAUGGUUUUACAGCCAAUAGAUAUUGGAAUGCAUGAUCUCUCCCUCAAUCAGAGCCACCGCGGCUCUAUCGUGCUCAGUCCUAUAGCAGCUUCACCAUCCACUACGCCAGUUUCACGCAGAGAGAGUUGGCCACCUCGCGACUCUGUUAGCCAACCAUUACGACCGCCCAUGCCGACUUUGAGCUCUAGCAACAGUGCUAGAACUAUUACUGGCUCAGGACGAAGAAAGCCAUUCACCACCAUUUUCAGGGAUGAACUAUCGGAUGAUGAUGAUCAGACCAGCUAUCAUACUCAAAUAUCGUCAGCAGAUACCCUUAUUAAUGCCUGUGAAGAUUCUAGUACAUUUUCCGAGAACGGAAGGUCGACCACCUCAAACACCACCAUAACCUCAAACGACUUGUCAUCGCCUAGUAGCUCAAGACGACCGCUCGCCAAUUUCAUACCUUUCCAUGGAGCAUCGGAUUCGGAAUCGAGCGAUGCGGCCGAUGACAUGUCUUCGGAAGACUCUGAUGCAGACGACCCUGUGGUUAUUCUAUCCAGACAAAGGAGAGCGGCCGCAAAGAGUAAUCAGAAAAGAUUCAUGACGAUUCAGCGUUAAAAAAAAAAACCUCUCUCUCGUCACCCUGUCCAUAGUAAUGUGUACUAAUACUCUGAAAGUUCCUUCCUCUUAACCACUGUGAUUUCCUCAAUCACCUUAGCAAUGCACUGUGCCUUGUAUUUUUUUUUUAUUACCUUUCCUUUUUGUUCCACUACAUUAUCUAAGCAUUUUUGGAUGUGAUUAACUUUUAUCCGGCCACUCUUUUCUUUAAACAUUCAACGUCAUUCAUUAUUAAAACAGUUAUUACCAUACA